CAUCAGUCCACAUCAGAUUGAUGGAUGGGCUGCCACAAUAUUUGCGCCACAUUUGCCAGGCAGAUAUAAGGGGAGAGGAAGCGGUCGCUCUUUCUUGUUUUCUUAGUUUCACCAGUCCCAUCCACAACACCUAGCGUCAUGUCCCCUGCCGGCGAGACAAGCACAUCGUUUACUCCACCUCGCGCCAAUGCAUCAGCUCAUGGUGCUAGCAAAAUAGAAUCCACUCCAAACAGCCGUGGGGCUGCCGUGGUGAGCGAGAACAUCGGCCUGGUCGGUGUCAGGGUUAGGGACAUCCGUCCAUGGAUUCGGCGUGACAUUGAGCAGGUUAAGCAAUGCAAGGCAGACGCAAUGCUACAAGCCCUCCUGCAGCGGGCUUCUUGCGCUUUGGAGACUAAACAGCCUGAGCUCCUGCAAAAGUGCCUAAAGGCAGUUCUUCCGGUUUGCAAUGGACAGGUCUCCGCUAGAGGCAUACACUCUUUGGGUAUUGAGACAGCCCUGAAAAAUUACGCUGGUCCAGGAGCAGAAAACAACUUCUACGGCCCCUUUAUAGAAGCCACCAACAUCGCGCUCGCUUGUCUUGAGGAGAUCAAGGUUGACGGGAUGCGGGCUCCUGUCCCCGCUGUAGACAUGAUCUGUCAGCAGAACGACAUGAUCUGUCAGCAGAACGACAUGCCCAUGUAUCAAAACCACCAGGACGUGAAAUCAAUUCGGAAACCCGACUGCGUCAUUCUUCCUUUGAAGAGCGCAUGUGCUCCUUUCGAGGAUGAGAAGGGCGGCAAACAGGGCAAACAGAAGCGCAAGGCUCACAUGAUGAAGAAUGCGCUGUCCAAGCCGCCAGCGUCACUCCCCUGGGAAGAUAUUCUAGCUUGCAUCGAGUUCAAGAGAAAGACGGCAGGGAGGAAGCCAGGGAUUCAACCGCUGCCGCCCUCUUCGUAUCAUAUUAAAGACUAUGUUCCUACCAAACCAGAGUAUUUGCCGGUGGAUCAUCUCAAGGCUGAAGAUCCGGCGGGAGGUCCUACGCAGACCCCAGCAACCCAAACGCCCGACACUGCACCAGUUCUAUCUUCCGGCCUGAAUGCUGCCCAGUCUUCCCAGGGCGGGUCUAGUUCCAAGCGUAAGGCCACGGACACUUUGCAAUCCGCCGCGAAAAAACCCAGGGGCGUUUCCGAAGAGCCUGAUGUGACUGUCCAGACAGGUCUGUAUGCUGCUGAAAUGUUUGCGGCCAAUCUUGCCGUCAGUUAUCUAAUCAAUCUUAUCGUCGUCGACGAUGUUGUAUGGAUCUGGUAUUAUGAUCGCCAGGGCAUUAUCCAAAGCUCAGGCAUCAACUUCAUUCAAGAUCUCCCGCGAUUCAUGGUGUUAUUGUACGCUUUACAACGCUUUGAGCUCCACGAUUGGGGCCGAAACAAGGACUUCCUCCCAGUUCAAGUUGAGAGGAAAAAAUGCUACGAAUUCAAGAUCAAAGAUGAAGAACUUGGAGAGGUGGAUCUGCUGCUUCACACCAGCCACAACGAUAGAGUGACGCAUUACGGACUACAAGGCCGAGCCACCAAUGUGAUCCCUGUCACUAGCGAAGCGCUUGCCAAGAAAUACGACAACCUCCCGGAUGGGAUGGUGGCCAAGGUCUUUUGGGGAGAGGCGAAUCGCACUAGCGAGCCAGAAAUUCUGAAAAGAGUCGAAGAGAUCGCUGAGGCGCACGAUACCGUAAAAAACCAUAUUCCCGAGCUGCUCUGGCACCACACGUUCACAAAUCCCACGUCCGCCAUCCGAGAAGCGCUCGGCGUUCCGGAACCCACCACGGGCAGUCGCAUACUCUACAUUCUCGUAUUCCGCAAACUUCAACCCAUCACGAAGCUUCACGGCAAAGAACUUUUCAACGUCUGGCAGCAGUGUGUCCUAUGCCACCUCACUUUAUGGAAAGAAGGGGUCUAUCAUCGAGAUAUCAGCCCUGGAAACUUGAUGUGGUACAAGAAAAACGACAAAUUGAUUGGUGUCUUAAACGACUACGAUCUAUCCUCGUUGGCGAAUGUCAUUGGCCCUCAGGGCAACGAGCGUACGGGGACGGUACCAUUCAUGGCACUCGACCUCCUAACUGAAAAGGCUCAACGAGGCGAAGUCAAACAUUUAUAUCGCCACGAUCUGGAGUCGUUUAUGUGGGUUUUUAUCUGGAUUUGCUUGCGUUAUGGGGAGGGAGUCAUUCUACCAGUGGAAACGCGCCCCUUGGAUGAUUGGGUGAGAUUUGACGCUGUGAUGUGCGGGACGAUGAAAUAUUAUUUCUUGGGCCACCCACCAGACCGCCCUUCGCACAUAGACCCGCGUAUAUGGCGUUUCCUUGUGCAGUGUGUCAUUGUGCUCAAAAAAGAUACCGACCAUCGAAUUAGUCUCCGCCUCGAGAAGCUAAUAACGAUGGCACCAGGCAAUGAUGAGGAAUUAGAAGAUAUCGAUGGUUCUUUACGCAUGUUUACAAACACGACGGGCUGGGUUGAGCUCUCUGAGCUCAGCAACCUUUUACAAUGAUUUAUGUACAUAUACAUGGUCGUUUAGCAUUGUACUCCUGCGUCAAUCCCACGAUGACACAAUCACAAAUUUAUGCUUCGCCCAACCACUUGCAGAGAUACCACUUGUAUCAAGGAAUUAUUAAUUGGUUGCAGAAUCAAAGUGACC